GGAAGGGGUGUGGCUGAAAUAGAAUCCAAUAAUUUGAAGGGGUGUCCACAUACUUUUGUAUAUAUAGUGUAUGUACACAUGGGUGUUGUUGCACCAUACCAACGAUAAGCCUAUCUUCCCCAUCACAUCUUGAAAGGUCAUGUUGAUGUUCAUUUAACCUCUGUCUCUCUCUUCCUCUGACUCCUCCCUUUCUCCUUUGUUUCUCUCUAUCUCUCUGUCUCUUUCUCUCUCUUUCUCCUCUGUCUCUCUCUUUCUCCUCAGAUCUCCAGGCUCAAAUCGUCAGUCCACCAGCUGAAUACUCAGUCAGACUGGUGAAUGGGACCACUUCCUGUUCUGGGACAGUGGAAGUAUUUUAUAAAGGAAAGUGGUUGGGUCUAUGUCCUGGGUGGUGGAGCAUGAGAGAGACUAAGGUUGUGUGUAGAGAGCUGGACUGUGGGAAUCCUGUAGCUGAAUCUAGACCUCUGGUUAAAGAGGGAAGAGGAGGAGUCAGACUAGAGAGUAGUUGUAAUGGACAUGAGUCUACUUUAAGACAGUGUGUCACCAAAACCUACACAUGUGAAGGUGGAUAUUAUCAUCACGUGAUCUGUUCAGAGUCUGUGCGGCUUGUGGAUGGAGCUGGUCUCUGCUCUGGGAGAGUGGAGGUGAAGUCCAAUCAGUCCUGGGCCUCAGUGUGUGAAGCUGACUUUGACCGGCAGGAUGCAGAGGUAGUCUGUGGGGAGAUUGGCUGUGGGGCUCCUGCAGCUCUACAGGGGGGGCUCUAUGGAGAAGGUGAGGGUCAGACCUGGGAUAAAGAGUUCCAGUGUAAAGGCAAAGAGUCCCUUCUCCUGGACUGUGACACCUCAGACAGAGAAAACAACACCUGUCUACCUGGUAAUGCUGUUGGACUCACCUGCUCAGAGCCUGAUGAUGUGAGGCUGGUGGGAGGAGGCAGUCGCUGUGCUGGUGGAGUGGAGCAGUACGACCAGGGAGAGUGGAGGACUGUGGGAGAUGAUUACUGGGGGGAUGUAGCUGUAGUAGAGUGUAGACAGCUGGGUUGUGACUCCACUGUUUCAGUUCUACCUGGAAACACCACUAGAGGGUUUGGAGCUUCCUGUUCUGGGUCUGAGCCUUCACUGAGGGGGUGUUGGAGAGGAUAUGAUCUCCUUCCUGGACUCACAGUGAUCUGCUCAGAUCUCCUGGUCCAGCCUGAUAUCUCCCUGACUGACUCAAUGGGAGGGGUCUCCAGGGGCCACCAGGGGUUCGAGAUGUUCAGGGGCUACAACUUCACCAUCACCUGCUCCACUCAGCCACAGUACCCAGGAGGCUCCUUCCUCCUCAUGUUCACCGGCUCCAACAGAACCCAGACCCAGCCAGCUGUCAAUCACUCUGCUGCCUUCCUCUUCCCUGCUGCAGAUGACUCCCACCAAGGGAACUACAGCUGUGUUUAUGACAAUUAUGUUGUCUCUCAUAACUUCUCCUCUGAGAGUGAGCUCCUCUCCCUCACCGUCACAGCCUCUCCUCUGCCAGCCUUCAUCAUCAGACACGUUGUAGUGCUGCUGAUCCUACUGACAGCCAUCACCACCUCCUACCUGUACUACAAGCCCACCAGGAGGCAGAAGAGAGUGAACAGGGUGAGCAGCAUGGAUCUUUAUGUCAAUGCCAUGGAGAUGGUCUCUCUGAGCUCCAGAGCUGAAGCUGGACCGGGAGAGGCGAGAGCAGCCCAGGGGACGGAGUAGGAGUAGAAUGAAGCUGACCCUACAUGCUGAUCUUAGGUCAGUUUUGUGUUUUAAAUGGAUGGUCAGCAGUGGACUGGUGUUUAAAAUGUGGUGACAAACCUGAAGUGGUUCUAAUUUUAAUAACAAGUUCAGAAUUAGUUUAUCUUUCUAGAACCUUGGAAGAAAUUUAAAAGGAGUGACUGCAACAUGGUAACUUGGGGUUUUGAUUAUUUUAAGAGGGUUGCUCAAAUAUGUUUGUUUUGUGUUCCAGAAUUUAUAGAUUUUUGUCUUUAUCUUAUUUAGUAUCUCUUAGAUUGUUCAUCUUAUUUAGUGUCUCUUAGAUUCUUUAUCUUAUUUAGUGUCUCUUAGAUUCUUUAUCUUAUUUAGUGUCUCUUAGAUUCUUUAUCUUAUUUAGUGUCUCUUAGAUUCUUUAUCUUGAAGUGUUUCCAUUAUUAGUCCAUGUAUUAUUAUAAUCAUCUGUUCAUUCUUUGCAUUUUGAAAAACAUUUUAAUAAAGGGGUCAUCUUUUCCUCAAGUCAUUUUGGUUUGUUGUUGUUGUUGUUUACCUCUCAUGAUGUUAUUGAUUAUGAAUGUUAUGAUAUUGAUUAUGAUAUCGAUUAUUCUUAUGAUGUUGUUAUUAGUAUAGAGUUAAUUAUAUUAUUGAUUAUACAUGUUAUGAUAUUGAUUAUUGAUUUUGAAAGUAAUGAUAUUGAUUAUGAUGUAGAUUAUUGUUAUGUUGUUAGUAGUAUAUAGAUAAUGAUGUUAUUGAUUAUAAAUGUUAUGAUAUUGAUUAUUGAUUAUGAAGUAGAUUAUUGUUAUGUUGUUGCUCUCUAAACUGCCAUGUAAUCACUGAAUGCUUUUAAUAAACUCACAGGCUGUCAGUCUUG